AUAAUAAUAAUAAUAAUAAUAAUGGUAAUAAUAAUACAGUCACUACUUACUUACUAUUACUCACCAUGUCUAUUUCUAUUAAAUAAUUUUUCAUUAUUUUCAAGCCAAUUAGCCGUAGCAGUAGUAGUAGUGAUAGCAGAGCUAACAUGUUUCCAAUCAUCAUCAUCAUCCUCAUUUUGUAUUUUUGUUUUUUUAUUUAUUAAAAUUUUUCUACGUUUUUUCAUUUUAUUUAAUAAAUCAUUUGCUUUUUCAUACAUAGAUUCAAUCGUUUCAUAAUUCAAUGAUUGUUUCUCUAUAUUGUUCAAUGGUAUAUUCAUAUUAGUAGUCGUAUUAUUAUCAUUACUAUUACUGUUACCAUGGUGAUCGACAACUUGUAGACGACAUAUUGGGAAAUUUGUAUUAGGGAUUAUCUUAUUUGAUCUUACUGUUUCUAACAUGUUAACUUAUUAUAUUCAUUAAUUAUAUCAUCAACAAACAAUGAAUAUAGUUUCUAUGUAUGAAAUGAAUAGUUUCCUGUUAUAUAUGAUAAUGUAUUAUUAUUAUUAUUAUCAGUAGUAGUAGUAGUAGUAGUAG